AUGCGUAUCGAAGAAGGGUUUCAGCAGACUCCAUACACAGAGGGACAUCCGUAUCAUACUGAUCCGGUCCUUCCUAUCCUUCUGAAGCGUCUUUUACCGUCAGAUGCCCUUGUCGAAAUUGAGGGAGAUCUGAGUCACUUCGGCAAUGAAGUCACUACAACUUUGCGGUCUGUGAACAAACUCACCGGUGCUCCCAAGCUUGUCCAAUAUGACAACUGGGGCCGCCGAGUGGACGACCUGCAGACAACAGAAGGCUGGCGCCGCAUGAAGGCGCUGUGGCAGAUGGAAGGCAUCAUCGGAAUAUUCUACGAGCGCAAGCACCAGCAACACAGCAGAAUCCAUGGUUUCGCUAAGAUUCUGCUGGCCAUGGGAGAUUCGCAGUCGGUGGAUUGCCCGCUGAGCAUGACAGACGGUUCUGCACGAGUCCUCGAACUCCUUGGAACAUCGGCGUUGAAACAAGACAUAUAUCCUCGGCUCAUCAGCCGCGACCCUGAAGUCGCUUUCACAGCUGGGCAGUGGAUGACGGAGCGACCGGGAGGCUCGGAUGUGUCACACACAGAGACAGUAGCUAUGCCUGCUCCAGGAGAUACCGGAACCUCGAACAGCAGUCCAUAUGGUCCGACUUACACGCUUGAUGGGUUCAAGUGGUUCUCCAGCGCAACUGACAGCGACGUCGCACUAGCUUUGGCACGUACCGGAUCUGCUUCCGAGGGCUCUCGUGCUCUAUCAUUGUUCCUCAUACCGCUGCGCUUUCCACUCAUCCGGGAGCCCGGUGCACCGAGACCUUCAGCAAUCACGAACCGCAUCUUCGUACAUCGCCUUAAGGACAAAUUUGGAACGGUAGCCGUCCCAACCGCCGAGCUGUCACUCGAGGGCAGCGAGGCAUAUCUGCUGGGACAGCCCGGCCAGGGUGUGAAGCUCAUUACGCCUGUCUUGAACAUCACUCGUGUGCAUUCCGCAACCGCGUCGGUGGGAAACCUGCGCAGAUGCCUGGCAAUCGCGACCGCGUACUCCCAAGUGAGGGCCAUCAAGGGCGGCAGCCAACUGCUGCAGGAUACACCGCUCCAUGUCGCGGAGCUCGCCAAAGUGUCUCUGGUGUACCGUGCCCUCGUGCACAUGUUGUUCGGGACAGUCGCGCUGCUGGGCAGGGUCGAAUGCGGCGUUGCGACUGAAGACGAGACACAUCGUCUGCGGCUGCUUACCCCUGCUGUCAAAGCAUUUGCCGCGGAAAAAGCGUGCACGGCGAUGGAGGAGUGUAUGGCCGCACUUGGAGGAGCGGGCUACAUGACGGAGACUGAGCUCGGACGGAUGAUCCAAGAUGCACUAGUCGAGAAAAUCUGGGAAGGUACCAUCACAGUUUUGUCUCUGGAUGUCGUCCGUGCAGCAUCCGAUCGGGCGGUUCUGGAUUCAUUCGUUGCCUGGGUCAACUCCGUUUCUGCAUCAUACAACCCAGAGCUUGAAGUAGACAGCACUCUCGGGGCGCCGCUUGACAUUCUCCGAUCUGCCCUAGACGACCUGACGGCUGCGUACGCGGCGCCCAUCCCGCCUCUUGUGCCUCGGCCGGCAUUGUUCCUGCUGUCGCAUGUGGCAUGCGGUGCCUUCUUGCUUGAGCAUGCUGUCUGGGCUUGCAAGACCAAUGCCGCAACACGUCGGAUUGAUGUAGACGUACUCAAGAGGUGGAUGGAGGAGGGUGGUGUGACCCAGGCGGUCCAAGACGUGCGCAGAGCUAGACAAACCCAGUUGCAACGCCUUCAGGAGGAUAGGGAGGUUGUCUAUGGCACGGACGCCAGAGCAGUCAAUGUAUCCUCCCGACUAUGA